AUGGCCACCAACAACUGGUGGAAAGAAGCCACCGUCUACCAGGUUUACCCGGCGUCUUUCUACGACUCCAACGGCGAUGGCUGGGGCGAUAUUCCCGGCGUUGUCGCCAAAAUCCCUUAUUUACAUUCGCUGGGAGUCGACGUCGUCUGGCUGUCUCCGAUGUAUGACUCGCCUAUGCAUGACAUGGGUUAUGAUGUCUCCGACUAUGAAAACGUGCUACCAGCCUAUGGAACUGUGCAGGAUGUCGAGAGAUUAGUCGCUGCCUGUCACCAGCGCGGCAUGAAGCUCAUCUUGGAUCUGGUCGUCAACCACACCAGCGACCAGCAUGACUGGUUCCAAGAGAGCCGGCGCAGCAAGGACAGCGACAAGCGAGACUGGUAUUUCUGGCGGCCGCCACGCUAUGACAAAGACGGGAAUCGUAUCCCUCCGAGCAACUAUCGGGGCUAUUUUGCUGGAAGUACUUGGACAUGGGAUGAACACACCCAGGAAUACUACCUGCAUCUAUAUGCCAAAGAGCAGCCCGACCUCAACUGGGACCAUCAGCCCGCACGCGAAGCCAUCUACAACAGCGCGGUGCGCUUCUGGCUUGACAAGGGCGUCGACGGGUUCCGCGUCGACACCGUCAACAAGUACAGCAAGCACACCGAUUUCCCCGACGCGCCCAUCACAGACCCAAAGAGCGAAAUGAAACCCGCCAUCCAAAUGUGGUGUAACGGUCCGCGCAUCCACGAGUUUUUGCGCGAGAUGUACGACCAGGCACUAGCACCCUACGGAGAUAUCAUGACCGUCGGCGAGCUGGCCAACACGCCAGACCCAAAACAGGUACUGGGGUAUGUGGGCGCGUCUGCCAAAGAGCUCAGUAUGGUCUUCCACCUGGAUAUUGGACAUAUCGGCAUGGGCCCGAGCCUGGAGGACAAGUACAUCUUUCAUCCGUGGAAGCUGACGCAGAUGAAAUCCAUCGUGGAGAAAUGGCAGUCCUUCGUUGAAGGGACGGAUGGCUGGACAACGGCGUUUUGCGAAAACCACGAUAACGGUCGCUCUGUGUCUCGGUUUGCGUCGGAUGCGCCUGAGUUCCGGGAACGUUCGGCCAAGAUGCUGGCUCUCAUGAUGGUCGCCCUGACAGGGACGCUGUUCCUCUACCAGGGCCAAGAGAUUGGUAUGAUCAAUGCUCCCCACAACUGGCCUAUUGACGAGUACCGCGAUAUCGAGGGCCAAGGAUACUACCGGGAGGCCGAGCGGCGGAGUGCCAGUGGCGUGGACACUACUCGCAAGGACCGUCUCAUGGAUGGUCUUCGUAUCUUAGCGCGGGACCAUUCCCGGCUGCCCAUGCAAUGGAAUGGCUCGCCGCAUGCUGGGUUCACGACGGGCACGCCGUGGAUGCGCGCUCAUGACUUAUACCCGGAGAUCAAUGUGCAGAAGCAGCAGAAUCACCCAACGAGCGUGCUCUCGUUUUGGAAGGAUGUGCUACGUCUCAGAAAGGAAUACCGGGAGCUGUUCAUCCACGGGGCUUUCGAAGUGGUGGACUACGGCAACCAAGAUACUUUUUGUUUUAUCAAGUCGAGGGACGGUAACAGAGCACUGGUGGCUUUGAACUUUACGAGAGAAUCCCAGCCAUUUACUCAAGUGAAGAAUGUUGCCAAUAUGAAGAUGCUGAUCAGCAAUUGCAAAGAACCAGUCUUGGAGACAUUGCAGCCCUUCGAAGGAAGAAUCUAUGUGAGUUGA